CGUAUUACGUAUGUAUGUAAGUACCUAUAAGCUUCCCCUAAUUGCAUUUUUAAAUAAUGGAAUGUACUGCAAAAUCACUUGCGGAAGAAUUUGUGGACAAUCUACUGAAUGAAGGCAAAAAGAUCCCUUGCGACGAAACGUUGGAAUCGUUCAAGAGAACCGAAGUACCAGUCUAUUACGAUGAAAAACUCUAUAAAAGAGGACAAGCGUUUUUCAACGAAAACAUCUACGGGCUCAUGUUCAGUAAAUUCCUGGGCCUCAUAUGUGUCAUAGCCUUACCGGCAGGCCUAAACGUUUUAAUAAUGACGAAAAUGAGCGGUUCCGAUAUGACCGCUUACAGGAGAUAUCUGGCUACUGUAUUCCACGUCAAAACUUGGUACGACUACGAUUUUCGUCCCGGGUCCAGACUUCUAGCAUCUAUAGAAGACGUGAAGAGAAAACACAACGCAGCUAGCAAGCAAAGCAUCAGAAGGCUGAAGUACAGAUUCAGCCAAAUGGAUAUGGCUUUAACUCAGUUUGGGUUCAUGGGUUUCGGGUUAGUGAGGGGUGCCAUGGUGGGAAUUCAUAAUCCGAAAGAAGAGGAUCUCAAGGGCUUCAUACACGUUUGGAGAGUUUUAGGAUAUAUUUUGGGAAUCGAAGACAGAUUCAACAUAUGCAGGAGCUCAGUACAGGAAACUAGAGAGAUCUCCGAUAUACUUUUGAAAAAAGUCUUCACUCCCAUGUUCGAGAAACCCGAAACGUCGCUGGUUAAAAUGGUGAACUACUUAAUCAACGGAAUGUCCGCUGUAGAUCCCGCCAUAGAUUAUUAUUUAUGUAUGACGUAUUUACAAAUGGUACUAGAGAACCGAGGAAAUUACAGGAAGCUCGAGAACCAAAACUAUAAAAAUAUAUCCUGGUGGGUUAAAACAAAACUGAGUAUAUUGUCUAUGAUAAUGUACUGUUUAAAAUUUAAAAUCAUCAGAUUGUAUUUCCAAUAUAUUACUGUAUUCAAAUUAUGGUUGGCCAGCGCAUUCCCCGUACUCGCUUACAUCAGGUUUGGAAUUAAGAAUGGACAUGUAAACUUUUUGAAAAUUAUUUACAGGUCGAAAAAAAGUAAUUAGUUAUUUUAAUGGCCGCCAGAUAAGUAUAUUUUAAUUUAGAAUAUCCCUUUUAAAUUCUCUAUUGUAAUUUAAGUAUAUUUUUAAGCGAAUCUUUAACUGACUUCCUUAUUUGCAUAUUAGUACCAACCAGAGACAACAUUAUUUUGUCUCUGGUAUGUACCAACAGUACUUCAGAGCUAAACUGUAUUAACUCCCAUUUAGACAAUUUUACAGAAGUAAAAUUUAAUCUCAAUUAAUUGUACAUACCGCUUUUAUUGUUUUUUGUUAGAUGGUUAAAAGAGAUUAGCGAAAAAAAGCGAUGUUCUGAAAUUUGUUCACAUUCGGCUUAACUGUACUUCUAGUGGGUAUGAAUGUGAAUACACAAUUUUUUUUGUAAGAUGUUUAUUUGUCAAGUUAUAGGUUUCUAAGAAUAGUCGUAAUUGAAAUUCGUAUUUUUCGGAAAUAGUUUUUCGAAUUAAGCAAAUUUAUUUUAUAAUAUUAAGUAAA